UUUACUUCAGGCAUUUGGGUCAUCAUUGAUCUUGUUCUAGGUGAAGAAAUUAACUUUUUUUUUUUCCUUUUCUUCUCACAUUCGUUUUUUUUUACUGUUUAUUUUUUCUACUCUAAAUUGGAAAUUUAUUGUUAUUAUUAUUUUUUAAAAUUUUCUGGGUGGAGUGGUGGGCAGUGAGGUCUUUAGAGCUCAAUUGGUUAAUCAAUGGAGGAUUUGGUAGGGCCUAGAUUAUACAGCUGUUGUAAUUGCAGGAACCAUGUUUCUCUUCAUGAUGAUAUAAUUUCUAAAGCUUUUCAGGGAAGAAAUGGCAGAGCUUUCCUCUUUUCGCACGCGAUGAACAUCUCUGUAGGGCCGAAAGAAGACCGCCAUCUAAUGACCGGUCUCCACACCGUUGCUGAUAUCUACUGCGGCGAUUGCCGUGAGGUGUUGGGGUGGAAGUAUGAAAGAGCUUAUGAGGCAUCACAGAAGUAUAAAGAGGGGAAGUUCAUAUUUGAAAAAGCCAAAAUUGUGAAGGAGAAUUGUGUGGAAAGUAAUGUGGUUAAUUAGUGCACGGCACGUUUGUUUCUCAUAUGAAGCCUUGCUGUCGUUUUUGGGACAUCACUUUUAGAAGCGAAUUCUACUUUUAGCACUUGAAGAAAUUAUAACUCAAUUUUUUGUAUGAUAGCGUACAUUAUAGUUACAACAUACAUCUUGUCAAUUUUCGAAAAAUUUCAAAUAAUUUACGAUAUCGAAAUCAAAGUUCAAACCGUCGGUUGCAUGCGUGUCUUAUUUUAUUUUUUAUAAGCGUGGAAAACAAACUAUUUGGACUUCGAUUUCGACAUUGUAAAUUAUUUAGAAUUCCCUGAAAAUUGGCGGGAUGCCUAAUAUAACUAUCAUGUAUGUUGUUAUACAAAAAAAAAAUUAGGUUAUAAUUUUUCUAUAUACGAAAAAAUAGAAAAUACUCCUACGGUAGGGGCAAAAGUAAUGUCCCUACCUAAGAUGCUCCCUAAAAUUACAUAUAAUGUUUCUUCAAUUUAA